GGGUCCGCCCAGUGCCAGAAGGCAGUCCUGUGACCCUGGUGCCGGCGGCGGCGGUGCUGCAUCACACGACUGUGACCCAGCACCGAGAGCGGGUCAGUUCACUCGUCGUCGCGUCGCCGACCGGCACACAGCUCCGCGAGCUCCGCCGAGAGAGACCAGUGCCGGUGCCGUCCCCGGGGGAUGGUGGCCGCGCCCCAGUGACCAAAGGCCAAAAUGAAAAGGAGAACUUUUGAGAUCGCCAUGGUUGAAGUAAUUGCUGUGUUGAACGUCCUGAAGACGCUUAGUGAUGCUGCUGCACCUGAGAUGAGCAACUGUAACAACGGAAAUGGACAGCUGGUGUUUGAACGUGUGCCCGGAUAUCACCUGGAAGGAUAUGACCGAGACUAUCUCACAAAGGAAGAGCAGCCCCUCACCCUGCUGGAGCAGUGUCAGACGUCGUGCAUCGCCGGAAAGAGCGUCAAAGACAACCUGAUACGACCAUGCGGCUCCAUCGACUACAGCCCAGGUGCACCAUACGGAGACGGCAAGUACGACCCGUCGGCAUGCUAUCUCACCGAGGAAAAGGCCAAGCCGGACGGCAUUGGUAACCUCCUGCAAAAGACCGGCAACAUCCAUCUCAACAAGAUCUGCAUGCCAGCGGAAGCGGUACAGCAACACUGUCCGGGAAGGAUGUACGUCUUCGAGCGGCUCAUCAACAAGAGCUUCAGGCCGAAGAACAAUAACUGCAUCGAGAGCCAAGUCGAAAAUCGGCUGGAGUGUGAGCGGAGGUGCCUCGAAUCCAGCGAGGUGUGUCGCUCGGCCUCUUACAACUCCAAGAACCGCACGUGCUACAUGUGCCCCAUCACCUGGCGCUCGGCUCCGAACCUGUUCGUCGAACAGCGCGACGAGGAGUACAUCGAGAACCUCUGUCUCGAGAAGAGCCGCCGGUGUCAGCAGCCUGACCAUCUCGUCUUUGUCGAGGAGGCCAGACGCUCCCUGUACACCUCCAACAAACCUUACAGAAAGCGGGAGGUCACCCGCAGCGAGUGCAAGAGCAUGUGCGCUGAGCACGCACAGAUCUUCUGUCGCGCGGCGGAGUUCAAACUGACCAACAACGCCACUGGUACUGGCGACUGCUACCUGCUGGAGGACGACAGCCUCAGCGUGUCACCGGAGCUGCGAGGCAACGACGGACGCGACGACACCGACCUCAUGGAGCUCAUGUGCCUCGACCACGUGAUCGGUCAAGAGCAGUCGGACCGCACCGGAGCCGGUCGGAACGAGGGCGGUCCUCUGUCUCCCGGCGGUCAACAGCCGUCCUCCGGACAGGACAUGUUCACAAGGGAGGGUCUCUACCGCGAGUCGGACCGCGAGUACGUCACUGCCUUCCGGCGCUAUAGCCGUAACCGGCUCGAGGGACCCAAUCCCAUCUACAGCUACCAGCAGUACUCUGCCCGGCUCUGCAUGCUGGCGUGUCUCCAGACACCCGGAUGUCAGUCGAUGGUCUUCAGCAAGCGGUUCGGUCUGUGCGAGAUGUACAACACCAAGGACGGUGGCGGCAACGGACGUGCCAGGCUCGUCUUCCACGAGGACUACGACUACUACGAUAACCUGCUCGGAGAUACCCCCUUCAACGGCCGUGGAGGUCGGUUUGGCGGCGGCGGCGGUGGCGGAUUUGGCUUCUUUGCCGACGGCCGCGGCCGUGGGGACGAUUUCCGUGGCGGCGGAGGCCGCGACCAAUUCCUCGGCGGCGGCGGCGGCGGUCGCGACCAGUUCCUGGGCGGCGGACGGGGCGGCCCCGGCCGCGACCGGUUCAUCGGAGGCGGCUCAUUUGAGAGCAACUACCGCGGCGGCGGCGGCGGCUUUUACGAGUCCAGAGGUACCUUUGGCGGGGGCGGAGGCCCCUUCUCGGGCGGCUCUGGCCAGUCGGGGCGCGGUGGCGGGUGGCGCGGUGGAGGCGGCGGCGGUGCCCCUCCCGCCGGCGCCGGUGGCGGGCCGCUGGGAAGCAACACCGUUCCGAUUGAGGCACCGCCACCCAAGCCGACUGUCGUGUUGGUCAAUGAGGGCGGUGAGGACCCCAGGGCUGACGACCUGCCGCCGGUCGGCGGCGGCGGCGGCGGCGGCUCCUGGAGCGGUGAUGGCGGCUCGCGGGGCGGUGGCGGUGGAUCGUGGAGCGGUGGCGGUGGAUCGUGGAGCGGUGGCGGCGGAUCCUGGAGCAGCGGAGACAGCUCACGCCCCGGUGGGCCGACAGGCGGCUGGGCAGCCGGCGGCGGAGGCGGCGGCGGCGUCUUCCGACCGGACGGCUCUCGGCGCUCGAACGUGAUCCGCGAGGGCGGCGGCUGGGACGACUCUUGGAGCGACGGCCGGCGCGGCGGCCGCCCAGGUGCGCACCGGUUCUCUGUUUCUCGGGCAGGUGACGGCGGUGGCUCGGAGACGGCCGACGCUGCCGCCUUGGAGUCGGACGGGGCAGCACUGCAGCGCAACGACAGCGACACGCACCGGCCGCCGGCCGACCGACAGCUAGGUGGUCCCGGCGGACGGGACCAGUUCAUCGGCGGGGACAACCGCGACGGUCCUUACGACGACCGACGGGGCAGCUUCGGAGGCAGCGGCCGCUUCGGCGGCGGCGGCGGCGGCUGGAGCGACGGCGGCAGAUGGGGCGGCGGCGGCGGCAGCUGGAGCAGCGGAGGCAGCAGCUGGAGCAGCGGCAGCGGCCGCUGGGGCGGCGGCGGCAGCUGGAGCAGCGGCGGCGGCCGCUGGGGAGACGAUGGCCCGGGCGGCGGCAGCGGCGGCCGCGCACGAAACUGCUACGAAGACCGUUUUACGCUGAAGGAGACAGGCCGCAGAAUGCGCUCCAGCUUUGUCGACAAGACUCUGCCGGUGUCGUCUCUGAGCGACUGUGAACGAGCGUGCACAGAUAACCUGGGCUUCAUCUGCAAGGCCUUCUCCUACCGGUACAGCACCUCCAGUCUGGCGUCCGGCAGCGCGUCUAACGACAACUGUGAGCUCUCCGCCGGCGACAUGAGCCGCUCCAGCUCCGCUGACAUCUACGAGCUCGACCGCGACUACGACUACUACGAACGUGUCCGCGUGGAGGACUGCGAGGAGCUGCCGCCCGGUCCCGACCGUCCUCGGCCGGGCUUCGGCGGCGGCAGCGGCGGAGGCGCAGGGUUCGGAGGACCCGACGGAGGGUUCGGAGGAGGCGGCGGAUUCGGAAGCGGUGGUGGAUUUGGAUCGGGAGGCGGCUUCGGAAGUGACGGCGGCUUCGUCGGCGGAGGCGGAGGCUUCUCCGAGCAGGGCUUCGUUAGCACCGAGGGAGGAGACGUGACGGCCACCUGUAACGAGCGCGGUAUGCGGCUGCAGCUGCUCUCUCGCCGGCCGUUCUACGGACGGAUGUACACGUACCGCCACUACGACUCGUGCAGCGUGCUGGGCCGCGGCAGCCGCGACCUCUCGCUCUUCAUCCCGGCGCACGGCUGUGGCACACAGAUGUUCCGGGACGGCGAUACCAUGCAAAACAUCGUGGUCGUACAGUUCAGCGAUAUCGUGCAGACCAACUUCGACAAGCGCUACAACCUGACCUGCUACUUCCAAGGACCUGGCGAGGCCGUGGUCACUUCUGGCUACGUGUCAGCUAGCCCCGGCCAGGUGACGCCCAUUAUCGACCUGCCGGCUCGCGAGGUGGUGGACUCGCGGGUGCGUCUCUCGAUCCUGUACCAGGGCCGGCCGACCACCACCAUUGCUGUCGGCGACCCGCUCACCUUCCGCCUGGAGACGCAGUCCGGAGCGAACCUGCGCACCGACAUCUAUGCCACCAACGUGAUCGCACGCGACCCGUACUCGGGCCGCGCCGUGGAGCUCAUCGACAGCUACGGAUGCCCGACCGACCCGCUGCUCUUCCCGUCUCUGGGCCUGGCUCGAGACGGAAACGGACUGGAAGCCCGCUUCAGCGCCUUCAAGAUCCCCGAGUCCAACUACCUAAUGUUCUACGCCACUGUGCGCACGUGCCGCCGGCCCGGCUGUCAGCCGGCCACCUGCGCGGUGAACGGUCGCGAGGAGCCGUCGUUCGGCCGCCGCCGGCGCCGCUCGGUGCCCGAGGAAGCCGCUGAGCCCACCCCGGAGCCCGUGCUGCCCGACCCCAACCAGCUACCCGUGGAGCCGCAGGACGAGGACCUCGGCGACCCGGAGGAUGAGGGAGAGAACGUCAAGCAGCUGCUCAGCGUGUACUACAGCCGUGACGAGGUUGAGGCCGAGGAGGCCAAGGCCAUCGAGAGCGUGUGCAUCUCGUCGGCCGAGUACCACGGCCUGCUGGCCACCCUGGUGGUGCUGAUGGUGGUGAUGGUGCUGGCCGCCCUGCUGGCCGGACUCUGGUGCCGCCGCAGCCGGCUCAUCGCCUACAAGAAUCACGAGGCCGACAUGGCGUCACCUCUUCCGCGCGGCUUCUCCGCCGCAGGGGUGGCCAAGAAUACCUUUUCGUUCCUGCACGGAAAAUCGUCGUCGGCGAUGGGUCGCAGUUUCCCGGCCCAGGGCAGCGCCAACCCGGCCUAUGAGGUGGACUGUCCGCCGGCGCCGCGUGCUCGUCGUUUCGACGACCCCAGCGAGCCCAUCUACACGGAUCCGUCGCUGUUCGAGCACGCGCACACCGCGCCGACCGCCGAGCCGUCCUCGAGCCGGCAGUAGCAGCGCCCGGCCGGCCGGACCGGGCCGGGCGCGCGGCGGCACGGACCGUAACCGUUCUCCGGUGACCGAGUGAAACCGGAGACGGCCGCCGCCGCUGACUGCGCCGCAGUUUUGUACUUUUGCUAUUUAGAGAUGCCGUGUGCUUAUUUCACCGGGAGAGCUGCGUCAGUGCGGUCGGACGCGGCAGCUCCCUGUGAUCGUGAUUGGAUGGCGGACCUCGGCGUGAUGUGACGCCCCCGCCGUCCUCAUUGACGCCGUGAAUGAUGUGCUGAUGGAGGAGUGCGCUCGCGCGUCCUAACGGCGCUGGACGCGGUGUCCUGGCCUGUAUGUUCCCCCACUGGCCAGACCACCGGCUGGCAGGAUGCCGCGCUCACCGCCGUUACCUGCGCUACUGCUUUGUAAGUGACGUGUAUCGCCCUAGGUUAUUGAGGAAAUGACGCCUGCUUCAUCUAAAAAUAAACACCUCACUCCACAUCAA